GGGAGAAAUAACUGGAUGCGUCGAUAGCUUAAUUAAUUAUUCUCAAAGGCCGUCGAUAUUGUUACGCAAUCACUGUCAGAGACGGACAGAUGUGGACAGCCAACAACAGGUUUGAUGUUUCAGGAGUCUACCCAUCCAAAAAGAAGAUUGGCACGUUCACAGAAAUCAACCACUGCAAGAGACUGAUAAGUGACUUGAAGCGUAACCUGGGUCCAGGUCGGUAUGAGGUGGACACAGGGGACUUCAGCCCCCAGGUAGUCCAGAGCAGGGCCAUGGGACCAGGAUGGAAGAGGGGGCAGGAGAUGGCCCAGCAGGCUCAGAUGCCCCACCUGCUGUAUAGAGACACAUGGUUGACCAACCGCUUCCUGAAGCAAACUACUCCAGGCCCAGGGACAUAUGGCAAGGGGGGCAUCCCAUCUGGGCUGCUGGAUGAGAGGAGGAGGAAGCCGAUUGGCUCCUGUCCCAUGAUGGACUUCAGUGCUGGAGUAGAACGCUUCCCAGACCUCAUAGUGGACUCUGGUCUGUGUCCUGGUACCUACAACUUACCGACCUUCACUGAGGUGCUACUUAGUCGCAACAUCAGCAAACGAGGUCCCUAUGACCUCUUCACUGGCCGACGAGACAAGCCAAUCACCUGUGGAUAUUUUGCUGCCCCGAAAAAAGCCAAUCUGAAUCUGGCUACGGUCACCAAGCCAGCAAAGGUCUUAUGUGAGGACGUUCUGCGACCAGAGAAAAGACACCACGGCAAGUUUGGCACCCUAGAGCAGUACCCUUCCCUCCCUACAGAACGCAUCUACCUGGGUUCCCUGCCCCAGUAUCCACGACCAGCGCAGAGACACUCUGGUCAUGGAUUCUAUGAAGAUGUUUGUCUGCCCAAAGUGGAGAACCGCAACCCUCCUCCCUUCCUCUCCUCCUCUCCUCGUAUCACCCCGAGGGCCGAGAGGCUGAUGCAGGGGAACUAUACCACAGUGGGAGUGGGCCGUUACAACCUGGCUAAGAAGCGAACGAGGAAAACUCUAAAGAAAAGCGUUAACGCUGGCUAUCGCUACGUCUUCAAGUCCCGCAUGCCCAGAUAUCUACAUGACCUGCACAAGGACAACUUCAACCAGGAGAGGCUGAAACCCAUCAACAUUCCCCCACAUAGGAUGCCCUAUUCUCGGCCGCCAGAUGAGGUUUCGACCGUUGCAGCUCUACACUUCUCAGGACUCUGGUCUGUGUCCUGGUACCUACAAUUUACCGACCUUCACUGAGGUGCUCCUCAGUCGCCACAUCAGCUAACGAGGACCCUACGACCUCUUCACUGAAGACGGAAUAAGAAGAAGACAUGCACAUGUAAAUAUUUACAGUGGAUCAUACCCAGGAUGUACUCAAGUCCUCCUGAAUCUCUAACAAGACAUGAGAGCAAGUGCAACAGGGAAAACAUUAAGCCCAGAAUUACCCCAAAAUGGUCAUACCGUCAGCUAAACUUCUAAUGUUUGCCUUCCAUCUACUCUAGAGCUUCUGAUACGAUCUGAUAGGCAUAAAGACAUCUAUAAUGGCUCCUCUAAAGUACCCAUCAUUCAGAUAGAUGACUCCGUCAACGGAUUCCUUUUGCAUCAGUGUUGUUGGUUAACUAGAAGGACCGCAACCAGAGAGACGGUACGUCUGAUCGGCUGCCUGAUAGGGGCCACAUUAAGGGCCAUACAUGCAGAUUCUAAGCACCUUAACAUUCCUGAAUAAAUAACCCCAGGGAAUGUUACUCUGGAGACAUUCAACAGGAUUUUCCUUUUAAUGCCCAGAAGAGAAUAAUGAGUAGGAUGGGAUACCUCCAGUCCAGUCCACAGCCCCAGAUUAGGAGCUAGGACCAGUUCGCAACAUUGCAGAUAGAAAUGUAACAAAUAGAGUCAACUCAUGAUAUCCUAUUGUUCUUCACAGACAACCAUAUACAGUGCAUUCGGAAAGUAUCCACAUUUUGUUACAUUACAGCCUUAUUCUAAAAUGUCUAAAAUAUAUGUUUUUCUC